AUGACUAUUACAACAAAAAUAUUCUCAUUGGAGGGGAAGGGAUUGAAGUUGGAUUCCGCCGCGGAUGUGGAGCCGCAUAUUAGGUUGCUGAGGGAGAUGAAAGAUGUAGAAGAAGUGAGGUUUUUGGGAAAUACCUUGGGCGUGGAGGCUUGUAGGGUGAUUGGUGAGGUUUUGGGGGAGAAAACCAAUUUGAAGAUUGCAAAUUUGGCGGAUAUAUUUACUGGUCGAUUGCUCAACGAAAUUCCACAAGCUCUUUCCUCCCUCCUUACUGCUUUACUCAGACUUCCGAAUCUGCAUACGGUCAAUCUCAAUGAUAAUGCAUUUGGACUUAAUACUCAAGCCCCGCUUGUCGCAUUCCUUUCCUCGCACAUCCCGCUUCAACAUCUCAUCCUUAAUAAUAACGGACUGGGACCUCAUGCUGGCAUUUUGAUCGCAGACGCACUUAGCGAAUUACACGCGAAGAAAAUCCAAGCACGUGCUACAGGAAAACAGGUUCCGGAUUUGGAGACUGUCAUUUGUGGACGCAAUAGAUUAGAAAAUGGAAGUAUGACUGCCUGGGCGAAGGCGUAUAGCUUGCAUACUGGUGUUAAGGAGGUCAAGAUGGUACAGAAUGGUAUCCGACAGGAGGGAAUUAGUUAUUUGUUAAGUGAGGGCUUGAAAUAUGCAAAGGGGAUUGAAAUUUUAGAUUUGCAGGACAACACCUUUACCAUUACGGGUUCGAAGGCUUUGGCUAAAGUCGUGGGAGGAUGGGCGAACAUUCAGGAGUUGGGAAUAGGAGAUUCGUUGUUGGGCGGGAAAGGAAGUGUCAUUUUCGCCGAGGCGUUGAAAAAGGGUAAGAACGAAAAAUUGGAGAUUUUGAGGUUACAGUUCAAUGAUAUCGGGGUAAAGGGUCUACAAGUCUUCACGACUGCUGCAAAGGAGGCCCUACCGAAGUUGAAGAAGAUUGAGUUGAACGGAAAUAAAUUCGAUGAGGAUCAUGACUGUAUCAUGGAGUUGAAGGAGUUGUUGGAAGAGAGAAAGGAGAGAUUGGCAGGUGAUCUGGUACUUGAGGAUGAUUGGGGUCUAGACGAGUUGGAAGACUUAGAAGGCGAGAGCGACGAGGAAAGUGAGGAAGAGGAAGAGGAAGAACUCGAGGAGCAGAGAGAGCAAUUGAUUCACGAUGCAGAAGAAGCCCAAGAAGGAGAACCUGUCGCACAAAGAGAGGACAAAGAUGUCGAUGAUCUUGCAAAGAUUCUCGGCAAGAACCUCCAAGUCUGA